AUGAGCAAGACGAUGCUGAUUUCCGAUAUCUGGUCCUUCAGCCUGGCCGCAACAGGCAACGACGAAAAGAACCAAAGGAUCUUGUGCAACGGCGAGAGAGUUCGCAUCACGGCCAACUUGCGAGCGGCUCUGUCGCGCUUCCGAAAGCCCGACCAGCCGCGCACUCUGUGGGCCGACUCGAUCUGCAUCAACCAGGAGGAUGUCGGGGAACGCUUCCGGCAGGUGUCGCUCAUGGCGCAGAUCUACACCAAGGCCGAAACCGUCCCGGCCAUUUUGGCGACGACGACGGCGGCCACGCACCCGCCGCCAGCUCCCUGA